ACUCAACUGCAUCAGUAUUCAGUAAGAGCAAAAGAAAAGAAAAAGGAAAAAACAAAAAAGAAAAAAAAAAAUAAAAAAUGGCAAUUCGUACGUUGAUCGGAGCAUUUCGAAAUCAUUCAUUCUCUUCUCGUGUGGCGCCGUACUCUCGAUCUCUCAAAACACUGGUUCUUGCCGAACACGAUGGAGGCUCUGUUAAAGCUUCAACACUGAGUGCAGUGGAGGCUGCUAACUUGUUGGGUGAUGGCAAUUCGAUAUCUUUACUGCUUGCUGGUUCCGGUCCCUCUUUACAAGAAGCUGCUCAACAUGCUGCUUCAUGCCAUCCUUCGAUUUCUCAGGUCCUUCUUGCUGAUUCGGACAAGUUUACGUAUCCUUUAGCGGAACAAUGGGCCAAACUAGUGCAUGUGGUGCAACAGAAAGGCAGCUUCUCACACAUAAUCACCGGAUCAGGUUCCUUUGGGAAAAACAUUCUCCCUCGUGCAGCAGCACUUCUCGAUGUUUCUCCCAUCACUGACGUAAUUGAGAUCAGUGGGUCUAAUCUUUUUGUCAGGCCGAUAUAUGCUGGUAAUGCUCUUAGUACCGUCCGCUACACUGGUUCAGACCCUUGCAUGCUGAUCAUUAGGUCAACGUCAUUUCCUUUGAAGCCAGCCUCAGCUGGUUCAGUUUCUAAUGCCCCAUCGGUUGAUAAGGUUGAUACAUCAAGCCUCGAUGAAGAUGAUGCAGUUGGGAAAUCAAAAUUCAUAAGCAUUUCCUCUCAAGAUACCGAACGCCCAGAUUUGGGAAAUGCCCGUGUUGUGGUCACUGGUGGGCGAGCUCUAAAAAGUGCUGAGAAUUUCAAAAUGAUAGAGAAGCUUGCCGAGAAACUCGGCGCAGCAGUUGGAGCCACUCGUGCUGCUGUUGACGCAGGAUUUGUUCCGAAUGAACUUCAGGUUGGUCAGACUGGGAAAAUUGUUGCUCCCGACUUGUACAUGGCAUUUGGUGUUUCUGGAGCUAUUCAACACUUAGCUGGCAUAAGAGAUUCUAAGGUCAUUGUUGCUGUAAAUAAAGACGCCGAUGCACCGAUUUUUCAGGUUGCUGAUUAUGGACUUGUAGGUGACCUUUUUGAGGUCAUACCGGAAUUGUUAGAGAAACUUCCGGACAAAAAGUAGACUGAUGACUGACGAGGGUCUUUUCGACUCGCCAAUUUCUGGUAAAAAAAAAAGUUGAAAAUAAAUAAUUCAGUACGAUUAGGUAUUCAUUCAUAGCCUUCUUCCCCUUUUUUCGACUAUACAUAUAUAUCACUGCUGCAGUUUGACUUUGUCGUUUCGUUCGAAGCAGUUACAGGUGAUUUCCGGAGUUUAACUAGUCGAAUUCUGGUGGUGUAUUGAUGAUUAACAUAUGCUUCAAAUUUAAUUUGGUUCUCUCUAUUAUCUUUGUAAAUUUUAAUACAUGUAUAAACAUACAUGGCUUUAAGGUAUUGUGAAAAGGUGCAGCUCUCUCUCUCUCUC